AUGGGAUUCAAUACAUCAGAUACGCCUCGGCCCAAACUGGGAGCUGUUCCCUACGGAACGAAGAUCUUCAAUUGCAAAGUGGAAAAUACUCUUGCCCUCACGUACGAUGAUGGUCCCCGGGAGUGGACAGCGGAUUUGCUGGACAUCCUGAAGGCCAACGGCGUCAAAGCGACGUUCUAUAUCAGAACAAUCAAUCUGUAUUGGGAGCUGAUAGCCCACAAGUUCGACGAGAGGUCUGCGCUUAUUAGAAGAAUAUACAAGGAAGGACACCAGAUUGCGGGGCAUACCUGGGGUCACAAGGAUUUGGACAAAAUGACUCCGCACCAGCGCAGAGACGAACAGAUAAAAGCAGAGAUUGUCCUCAACGACAUCCUAGGCUUUUUCCCGACCUACAUGCGCCCGCCCUUCAACAUCUGCGGCCCUGAAUGCCAGGCCGAAAUGGGAGAGCUCGGCUACCAUGUGGUGAGUUUGCAGAGAGCAGCGUGA